AGUAUUAUAUCUAAUAUUUUCCAAGCAUCUUUUAAGGGAAUUAAGUGUACGCGGAGAAAAUGGAGAUAGCAAAGGAACUCGUAUUAAUCCUCAAGCAAAAUAAUAAGUCGCACGUCGGAUAUGGAUUACAAAAGGAAUGUGAGGCUCUUGUCGGACACAUUCUUCAAAACAUGGUCCGAUCACAAAUGCCUCCUCUGCAUGCUGUAGUGAAAAAUGAAAAAGAUUCUAUUAAAUAUAGAGAAGAAGGUAAUCAACAUUUUGUAAUGGGUGAUGAUCUGGAAGCUGUGGAAUGUUAUACUUUAAGCUUAGCAUAUGCUGAUAGUGAUGAACUCAUGGCUUAUGCACAUGCAAAUCGAUCUGCUGCUUUAUAUAGGAAACAAUUGUAUAAAGAAUGUUUGAUAGAUAUUGAUGCAGCUUUACAUCAUGGAUAUCCAAAAGAGAAGCAGAAAAAAUUGAAGGAAAGAGGAGAUAAAGCAGUAAUUGAAAUAAAAAAGUUGCUGCAAAUCGAGAAUAUCAAUAAUGAUCAGAAAGAUAUGAAUAAAGCAUGUUUAUAUGAUGAAUGUACUGAAAAGUCUGAUAUUACAAAACCAAUAGAAAACGCUGAAGAUCAGUGGAUUAAUGUUCCAAGAAAACAAAAUGUGAUGAAUGAAAGUUAUCUCCAUUAUACUACAAAGAUCCUUCCACAGAAACCGAGAUACUUGCAGAACGAUGAUUUCUCCAAAUUAAUGUAUGGCCCAAGCCAGGAAGUUCCUGCCUUCAGUGAUGGUGUGGCAAUCUUUUCCGAAAGAUAUGGUAGACAUUAUGUAGCAACACGGGAAUUUCAACCUGGUGAUAUAGUCAGCAUCGAAGAUCCUUAUGUACAUGUUAUUUAUGAAGAACGAUAUUAUACGCAUUGCCAUUAUUGUCUAUCCAGAAGCUAUAAUUUAAUACCAUGCACAGAGUGUCCAAUAACUCAAUAUUGUUCUGAAAAAUGUAGAGAACUGGCAUGGGAGGUAUGCCAUAAAACAGAAUGUCCAAUUCUAAAAUUGUUGUCCAACUUGCUUAAUGUGGACAAAGAUAAAAUAAGAAUGAUUUCGAAGAUUAUUCGAUUGUUGAUUGUAGUUACAGAAAAUGGACUCAAAAUUCAAGAAUUGCAGCAGGAUAUGAAAGUCGCGGAAUCUAAUCCAGAUAGUAGAACAGCAGGAUUUACAGAUACUGCGAUACUGGACAGUUUUAGCGCAAGAUCUGCACUGAGUCUGGCGACUAAUAUGACUACAAGACCAUUAAUAGGAAUUAGCGCAUUUGCUUGUAUUUCAGCCCUCGCGGUUAUUCUUUUAGCUACACAGACGAAUUUUUUCUCUAAGAAAUAUGAAAUGAAUGAGUUGAAAGACAUCAGCGAAUUCACCGAACUUAAAUUCUGCGCCAGUGUAAUGUUUCGUGCCUGCGUAAUAAUGUCUUCUAAUUGUUUUUCAAUACAACAAGAACCAGGAAUUAUAUCAGGUUCAGGUUUAUAUGUGGCUCAUAGUUUAUAUAAUCAUUCUUGUGCACCAAAUACUUUUCGACAUUUCGAGGGACUCACGAUGAUCACUCGUGCUUUGACACCAAUACAUAUUGGAGAUCAAAUAUUCACAAGCUAUGGUGGUGUAUAUGCACAUAUGCCUCAAUCUGAGAGAAAACAGAAGAUAUUACAGGAUUAUUUCUUCGAUUGUGAUUGCCCAGCAUGUAAAAACAAUUGGCCGACAUAUAACGAGAUUUUACGCAGUCACAUUGGAUCCAUUUCCAAAAAUAAACAGCUUGUAGAAAAGUUGAAGCCUUUUAGAGAGAGAUUACUCGCGAAUAUGUAUGAUAUCGAGGCAGUAAAAGCAGUUCUAAAUAUAUUGUACAAAGAAAUCAGUAAACAUCCAUGUGAAGAGAUUCUUCAUGCUGAGCAAUAUUUAAAGAGCUAUUAUUUGGAUCCAUAAAUAACAUAAUAUUACAAUUAUU